AUAUUAUGUAAGCAAGCUUUGAUUUUUUUAUCACUCCCUAAUUCAUGUUGUGAGUUCAAAACAAUUAUCUUGUUAAGUUCUAUUUAUUCAUCGACAAGUGCUCGUUACACCAAGUUGUAGUCAAGUUGGCGUUGUACAGAAAAAAUGGCGGGGAAAGAUAAUCUCACAGCAGUCCUUUAUGGUAUCAAUGAUAUCAGACUGGAACAAAGGCCAAUUCCAACAAUAAAAGAUGAUGAUGUCCUCUUGGAAAUGGGUGCUGUUGGUAUUUGUGGUUCAGAUGUUCAUUACUUAACUAAGGGCAGAAUUGGGAAUUUUAUUGUUGAGAAACCUAUGAUAAUUGGUCAUGAAGCCUCAGGAACAGUUGUUUCUGUGGGCAAAAAUGUAAAACAUCUGCAAAAGGGAGAUAGAGUCGCCAUUGAACCAGGCUACAGCUGCAGGAAGUGCAACUAUUGCAAAGAAGGCAGGUACAACUUGUGCCCUGAUAUGAUUUUCUGUGCCACACCACCAGUUGAUGGUAAUUUAAUGCGAUAUUACGCCCACCCAGCGGAUUUCUGUUUUAAACUUCCUGACAAUGUAACAUUGGAAGAAGGUGCCAUGCUGGAGCCACUGUCAGUGGGUGUACACGGCUGCAAACGUGCUAAUAUUAAAGUCGGGUCUAGAGUGCUAGUUCUUGGCGCAGGACCAAUUGGUUUGGUCACUCUUCUAUCAGCCAAAGCUUUCGGGGCUUCUAAAGUAAUCAUCACGGACAUUUCAUCAAAACGCUUGGAAUUGGCGAAGCAACUGGGUGCAGACCAUACAAUUCUGGUCAACAAAGGUGAUUCCGAUGAGGAUUUGAUCAAGAAAAUCGUUGAUUCCCUCGGUUGCGAACCUGAUGUCUCCAUGGACUGCAGCGGUGCCGAGCAAUCCGUGCGAGUUGCAAUCAAAGCUACUCGUAGUGGAGGUGUAGCACUUCUCAUCGGCAUGGGCGCCGCCGAAAUGACAUUACCGCUGUGCAACGCAUUGGUAAGGGAAGUUGACAUCAGAGGAGUUUUCAGGUAUGUCAAUUGCUAUCCAACUGCAUUGGAAUUGAUUGCAACUGGAAAGGUAAACGUACGCCCAUUGGUAACACACCAUUACAAAAUUGAGGAGACGGAGAAAGCUUUUCAAACUGCGAUGACACCCGAAAUGAAUGCUAUUAAAGUUAUGAUUCAUGCAAAUGCAAAUUGGAAAGCCUGAGGAAGUAACUUUUCAAUUCAAAAUUCAUAUAAUUAAAAUAACUUUAUAUGAAUAAAAUUGAAUAAGAUUGAAUAUAUUCACAUAAUAAAAA